AUGGACGACGAAGGCUGCGACGAGGCGGCGGCGUCGCUGCUGUCGCACGAGAGCGAGCCGGAGUGCGCGCAAGUGGCGGGCAUGGCGAGCGACCUCGUCGUCACCAUCGGCCAGCGCGCCUUCCUCGUGCACCAGUACCCGCUGUACGCGUUACUAGCCUUCGACGAGCAUCAGUACCCGCUGUACGCGCUACUAGCUCUAAUCCACGCUCCAGACUCCCCCUCUGUCCCCUCCUUUCUCCUUCGUUCCCCUCUCUUCCUCUCCCUUCCCGUCCCUUCCCGUCCUUUCCCUUCCCGUCCCUUCCCUCCUCCUCCUCCCUCUCCCUUUCCUUCCCGCUCUUCCCCCCUCAGCUGCUCCCUGUCGAUGGUGAUAGCGAGCGCGCCAGCAGCAGCGGGCGGCCGCCCCUGCCGCCUCUCGCCCCACUCCGUGCUGCUCGUGCGCUCCGCAGCACCUCCUGCAGCACUGCCCGCCCUGCCUGCACGUGCUCUCGUCUUGCUGCUGACAAGUGAGGGGAUGCAGUUCACCGCAUCUGGCCUCCCAGCGCCUGCAGCGCCUCCUGCAGCACUGCCCGCACGUGCUCUCAUCCUGCGUCUCCCACCCCCCCAGCCCCCCCGUCACAUAAACUAUCGGAGUUCCCCCGUCGACCUGGGUGGGGUGGGGUCUGCUGCCCGACCUUGA